AUGCAAACUAUUUCAGUUCUUGCUAUUCUCGCACUCGCUUUCAGCUGUACAUUAGCUUACGAUGCUACACUUAAUCAACAUUGGAAAUUAUGGAAAGAACUUCACCACAAACGUUAUGUUGAUGCUGAAGAACAUGUUCGUCGUGCCAUAUGGGAAAGCAACUUAAAGAAAGUUCAAGAACACAACUUUCAAGCUGAUCUUGGUGUACAUACAUAUUGGCUCGGAAUGAACAAAUAUGCUGAUAUGACCAUCGAUGAAUUUGCCAAACAAAUGAAUGGUUACAAUGCUACAAUGCGAGGACAACGCCAACAAGAUCGUCAUACAUUCACAUUCAACCCAAGUUUUCAAUUACCAGAUACCGUUGACUGGCGAGAUGAAGGAUAUGUUACUGAAGUUAAAGAUCAAGGCCAAUGCGGUUCAUGCUGGGCUUUCUCAGCAACUGGUGCACUUGAAGGUCAACACUUCAAAGCAACUAGCAAACUUGUUUCACUCUCUGAACAAAACUUAGUUGAUUGUUCAACUGCACAAGGUAACAUGGGUUGCAAUGGUGGUUUAAUGGAUCAAGCUUUCGAAUACAUCAAAGACAACAAGGGUAUUGAUACUGAAGACUCAUAUCCAUAUGAAGCCAUUGAUGAUCAAUGCCGAUUCAAAACAGAAAAUGUUGGUGCUACAGACACUGGCUUCACUGAUAUUACAUCAAAAGAUGAAAGUGCUCUUCAACAAGCCGUUGCCACUGUUGGACCAAUCUCAGUUGCCAUUGAUGCUAGUCAUACAUCAUUUCAAUUAUACAAACACGGUGUUUACAAUGAACCAUUCUGCUCACAAACCCGACUUGAUCAUGGUGUCUUAGCUAUUGGUUAUGGAACAGACUCUGGCAAAGCUUACUGGCUCGUUAAAAACAGCUGGGGUGAAGGUUGGGGUGAUAAAGGUUAUAUCAAGAUGACACGUAACAAACGCAAUCAAUGUGGUAUUGCCACAGCUGCAAGUUACCCACUUGUUUAA